AUGCGCGAUCAGCACGGGUUGACAGAGCGUCGGGACGCGCUGGAUUGGAGUGCUGGGCUCCUGGACGAGGCCUUGGAGGCUGCCGAGAGUGCCCAGGCGAUGCUUCGCGGGUGGAGGCCUGGCCACGCCAGCAGCACCUCAGCCCUCCAUUCGCUACUUGCGGUAGACAAGCUCCUGUUUCCGGGCAGCGGAGCCGGCGACGGCCGAGGGGCAAGCUCUCCGCAAGACCCGGCGCUCGCGCUCUUCUUCGGCGCGCUGGCCGAGGCGGCGUCCGCGGCGGGCCUGCCGGAGCUGGCGACGUCCAGCUGGGAGCGCGUCCUCGAGCUCGCCACCAAGCGAGAGCCCUUCUCCUACAGGUCGGGCGGGCUCAGGACCUCAGAGGAUGAAAAGGUAUCGAUGCUGCUACCACUGCCUCGUUUUCGUCUUUUUGGGCCUCCCGGGAGGCCCUUGUCGACACGGGUGGAUUCGCCUCGAAAUCAUCAUCUGAACGCACUCCGGGCGAGGCCCGUGGAGUAG